AGUUGAAUGUAUAGAGGAGUGAAAAGGGAUCAAAACAAGGAAGCGGCUGCAAGUAGCGGCGUGCGAUGCGGGCAGGCCUGCGGGGUCCCCAGGCCGGAGGGUGAGCUCUCCUGUGUCCCUGCAAAGACCCCGGGGUGGCACUUAUGGAUGACAGCAAAGUGGCUGGAGGCAAAGAGAAGAAACCAGGCAAGCGAGGCCGUAAACCAGCCAAAAUAGAUUUGAAAGCCAAGCUUGAGAGGAGUCGGCAGAGCGCGCGAGAAUGCAGGGCGAGGAAGAAACUGAGGUACCAGUACUUGGAAGAACUGGUGUCAAGUAGAGAGAGGGCAAUCUGUGCGCUGCGAGAAGAGUUGGACAUGUACAAACAGUGGUGCACUGCGAUGGACCAAGGAAAAAUCCCCUCUGAGAUCAAAGCCCUCCUCAGUGGGGAGGAGCAAAGCAAACCCCAGCAAAACUCCACCAAGCUCGCCAAGGCUGCCAAGGCGGACACCAACCGCAAUCCGUGGUGAAGAUGGACUUACCCUGAGAGAAGACCACAUCUGUACUUCAAAAAGCCAAAGUAACUGAAAACUGGUGACAUGCAAGUCUUUGUGUGGACCUUCUCCCCUGUUGCAGUGAUGUCCGUCGACAACCACCUGGCGUGGAAUGGACUGGCCAAAGGAGACUGACCACAAACCCUCCAAAGUCAAUCUGCAGCUUACUUUAACCCAGUUUUCUUCUGUUUUGCCACCUACGGGCAAGUAGGAAUUCCGGCUUUGGCGGAGAGACAGAAACGUCCCGACCGAGGUUGCUGUGUUAGAGUUUUUAGCCUGUGUUGUGCUGAAGUCAUAGUUUUAAGGGGAAAAAAAUGUGUACAAAAAUGGGAGAUCUUAAUUGCUGGAGAAGGGGGUUGGUUUUUCAUGGAAUUAUUUAUUUGUGGUGCAUGAUAAGCUAUGGUAUGACUGUGAUGAGAAAAAAACCCCUCUCCCUUU